AUGCUUGUUCUUGAUCCAUUGAGACAAGCAUUAUCUGGCGAAGCAUCAUCACAUCAGAUACUUAACUCAAACCGUAUAUCUCAAGAUCCACGAGGUACUGCUCAAUUACCAGCAAAUGAUGAAGUAUCUUCAACAACAACUACUUCAUAUAAUAUUGAAGGUGGAAAUAAUCAACAAAUAUAUGUCAAUGAAUAUCCACAAUAUGAUCCAAAUUUAAGUUAUCAUGGUUAUGAUUUAAGUCGAGAUGUAUCUGAAUAUAAAUUCGGUGCUGAUAAUGGUCCUAAUCAUCAAGAUGUAGCAAAUCGACCUAUUCCACCACCAAGAAAAUCUCAUUCUAAUCAAACUUCUGAUGAUAAAGUUGUAAACACAAAAGCUGAUCGUGGUCAAUGGACUGGUCGUUUUGAUUUUUUCUUUUCAAGUCUUGGUUAUGCUGUAGGUCUUGGUGCUAUUUGGCGUUUUCCUUAUCUAUGUUAUCGAAAUGGCGGAGGUGUUUUUCUUAUACCAUAUUUUAUCUUUUUAUUUCUUCUUGGUAUUCCAUUAUUUUAUCUUGAAACUAGUCUUGGACAAUUUACAUCUCAAGGUGUAGUACAAUGUUGGAGAAUGGCUCCUAUUUUCAAAGGUCUUGGUAUUUCAAUGAGUUUAAUAUCAUUUUUCAUGAUAGUUUAUUAUGCUAUGCUAGUUGGUUAUUCAAUUCUUUAUUUUGUACUUUCAUUUCGUUCGAAACUUGAAUGGGCAACAUGUGGUGCUUGGGCAGGUCCAAAUUGUACAGAUGAUUUUUCAACGUUUGUAAUGCGUUGUAAUUAUGAAAAUACUUAUAAAGAUCCAAAUGGUCGUUGUUAUACAUGGACAAACCAAGGUUUAACACAAAUUGGUUGGUGGAAUAUUGAAAGUCGAAUACAAUAUCGAAAACCUGUUUUACCAUCCGAUGAUUAUUUCAAUAAUUUUAUAUUAAAUAAAUCACAAGGUAUUGGUUAUAUAUCGACUAUGGAAUGGCCACUUGUAUUAAGUUUACUAGCAGCUUGGGUUUUAGUCUUUGCUUGUCUUUGUCGUGGUAUAAAACUCUCAGGAAAAGUUGUAUAUUUUACUUCGAUAUUUCCAUAUGUUAUUCUUCUUAUUCUUGGUAUUCGUGGUUGGACAUUACCAGGAUGUGGUCGGGGUAUAUAUUUUUAUAUGAAACCUGAUUUAAGUCGACUAGCUGAUGGUCGUGUAUGGAAUGAUGCAGCAAAUCAAAUAUUUUUCGUUUUAUCUGUUUCGUAUGGUGGUUUAAUCACGUUAUCUAGUUAUAAUAAAUUUAAUCAAAAGAUACUUGGAAAUACAAUUACUGUUUGCCUUGCUAAUAUAUUAACUUCAAUUUUUGCGGGAUUUGUUAUAUUUGCAUAUUUGGGUUAUUUAUCUUAUAUUACAGGACAAGAUGUUGAAAAUGUCGUAUCAGAAGGUCCUGGUCUUGCAUUUAUUGUUUAUCCCUAUGCAGUCACGACACUUCCAGCAGCACCACUUUGGUCUAUGCUUUUUUUUCUGAUGUUGAUUCUACUGGGUCUAGAUUCGAUGUUCGCUAGUGUUGAAACGAUUGUUGCAGUCAUAACCGAUCAAAUUCAUGCAUUACGUCGAUAUCAUACAUUAAUUACACUUAUUAUUUGUAUAUCUGCAUUUGGACUUGGUUUGCUACUAUGUACUGAUGCUGGUAUUUAUUGGAUAACAUUCUUAGAUCAAUUUAAUAGUUCUUAUCCAGCAUUUACUAUUGGCAUACUGGAAUGUAUUUGUAUUGCUUAUGUUUACGGAAGUAAUAAUUUCCGUAAGGAUAUCAAAGCAAUGGUUGGUCCAAAAAAUAUGGGUGUACGAGUUUUUCGUUUAUUUCAAAUAUGUUGGAUGUUUAUAACACCAAUAAUCAUCCUUGCAUUGAUUAUAUUUACGUCAAUAAAUUUUCCAGCACUUAGACUUGGAAAUUAUAAUUUUCCUCAUUGGUCAUAUAAACUUGGAUGGUGUUUAGUAGCUUUAAUUUUAUCAGGAACUGUAUUCUAUGCUUUAUAUGCAAUAAUACAUUUUGUAUUGAUCGAUCGAAAUUCAUAUCGAGUUUUAAUCAAUCCAGAACCACAAUGGGGACCUCUGUUAGAACAAAAUCGCAAGAAAGUUAAUUAUUAUCAUGGUGGACAUAAAGGAGCUCUUGUUUCAGUAAUUGAUCGACUUAAAAAUCGAACUUUAUCACGAGAAACAUUAGCUAGAUCAAAGAGUACAGACAUCGAUAUUGCUGACAAAGAGGGAUCGAUAUUCGCCCAACGGCCACCAAGUCGAGUCGGAAGUGAAUCUGCUGUCUAA